CUCUCUCUCUCUCAGCCACUCUCUCUCUCUCGAAGUCCUCAUCCGAACCUCAAUCACGUAUGAUUGCGUAGAGCGAGAUAGCGCCGUACACCUCAUUCACGGCUUGUCCGAUGACGAGAAGCAACAUAUCCAACGCCGCGGAAACGCGUGUGCAAGAGAACAUUAACUGUAAAGAAGAUGUGUGCUUUCUUAAAAAAAUUCAACAGCCGUAAACGUUUCUAAUACGGUUCCUGUUAAAUGCAUCAUGUCACGGCACUUCCGAAUGGCAUUAUUUCUGUUUGAGAGUGUAGAGCCGGGGCACAGAUGCCUUUAGAGCCGAAGAGCGCAGGGCAGCAGGGUGGGCUGAGCGCCUCUCGUUCUUAUGUCGUGCCGUGGACUAAAUGAAUUAGAAAGUUGUGGAGCCUUGCAGAUGCGAAGCAGCGAACUGUUGAAACCUACAGUUUCCAGGAGUCCAUGUAUCGCGAUCGAUCCAGAGAUGUAUUUUCUACAUUUAUGACGUUCGUCAUGUGGAUGUAAUCACGGGGUAGUCCUGCUUGCCAGACUAUCCAGAAUCACCUGGAAUACCUGGGACUCAUUAGGAUCACGCGGCAGGGCACGCAUGCUCUGAUAUUUCAACUUGAAUCGUUUACAAGUAAUUCCACAUUUUUUUCGAUCUCUACAUCGUUUAACAAAUGGUCGAUGGCAAACCCCAAAAUGUUAAAUUUAUCUUUUUAUUAAGUCGUAAACGGAUUUAAUUUGAAACAGAAUGACAUUCGAACCAUUAUGACUGACAGGAUUUUCUGACAGGAUCAGGAUGACAUUUGGCUAAUGUUUUAAGCACAGCGGACGAUUUUGUGUUUGCCCCUUCUUGCGCUAAGCGUCUGCGCCACUCGACCUCUGCCCAUCGACUCGGUUAGCCCGUGCGGGAGAUGGCCGCGAUCGCCAGCUCCCUGAUCCGCCAGAAGCGUCAGGCAAGGGAGUCAAACAGCGACCGAGUCUCUACUACCAAACGCCGCCCCAGCCCCACCAAAGACCCCCGCUCUCUUUACGACCGGGUCUUCAGUAAAGUACGCUUCUGCAGCGGCAAGAAAAGACCUGUUCGGCGGCGACCAGAUGCACCCUCGAAUCCUCCACAGGUGUCACGUAAGGGCGUCAGGCUAGAGCCACAGCUGAAAGGCAUUGUGACACGACUGUUCAGCCAGCAGGGUUUCUACCUGCAGAUGAAGCCCGAUGGCGCCAUCGAUGGCAGUAAGGACGAGAACAGUGACUACACCUUGUUUAAUCUCAUUCCAGUGGGCUUGAGAGUGGUGGCCAUCCAGGGAGUUAAGUCCGGCACCUACAUCGGCAUGAAUGGAGAAGGCUUCCUCUAUAGCUCAGAAAUGUUUACUCCGGAGUGUAAAUUCAAAGAGUCUGUGUUCGAGAACUACUACGUCAUCUACUCCUCCACCGUGUACCGGCAGCAGGAGUCGGGCCGGGCCUGGUUCCUGGGCCUCACCAAGGAGGGCCAGGUCAUGAAGGGCAAUCGGGUCAAGAAGACCAAACCCUCCUCCCACUUCUUGCCCAGACCAAUUGAAGUUUGCAUGUACAGGGAGCCGUCUAUGCAUGAGAUUGAAGAGAACCGGAAAAGCUCCAGGAAAAGCUCAGGGACUCCCACUAUGAACGGCGGGAAAGCGGUGAACCAGGACUCCACAUAGCAGGGCCGCAGCAAGAGGGGUCCCCCUGCGCUGCACAGACCUCCCUCCCCAUCGCCCUGACGCCCUGAUGCCCUGCUGCCUCACCGCUAAGCGAAACCAAGACGAACAACAAACACAACAAAACUGACUUCUUGCCUGUGAAAUCUUUUAGACGAAUGCGAAGAGGAAGGAAAAGAAAUGGGGGAGUUAAAAAAGUGACACAUGUUUUCAAUCCCAGACUUGAACACGCGUUUUAUGCAAAAAAAAAAAAAAAAAAAAUGAGACACGAGACAAAUAAAGCAUAGGUCUGAGAGUGGAAGCGAGCCGUUUUUUCCUCACGACGAUAGUAUUACUAAUCAUUUUUGGAUUUAUGCCGCGGAAAAGAAGCUUUAAGACAUUGCCAUGUGUUCAUCCUUCCGAAUGCUCCUGCACUUCCCCACGCUCUGACGUGUUAUAUUGUUAUUACUGCUACUCCUCGUCAGGUCCUAGUUCCCCUUAAUACCAUGUGUUUUUUUUUAUUUCAGAACUAGAGAAAGUGUAGACGGGUUUGUUUUGACUUCUGUUUAAUUGCUUGACAGUGAAUGCACUAUUACAUUACCAGAAACUGGUGUGUGGGUAUAAAGUGAAUGUAAAACAGAGGUUUGGGUUUGGGUUGGGUUUCGAUGGAUAUUAGAGAAGGGGUGGGUGAGUGUGUGGCUUGAGGGAGGAAGAGAGACGACGGAGCGCUUGAUGUUUCUUUGUCAGGGUUGCCACAGUUUUACCAAGGUUUGCCCCCGAAAGACUGUCUUUUAAAAGACCUGCCGAGUCAUCACUGUGUGUGUGUGUGUGUGUGUGUGUGUGUGUGUGUGUGUGUGUGUGUGUUUGCGUGUGUGUAUGUCUGGGUCUGAGAGAAAGCGAGUGAGCAGCACACAAACCGAGAGAAACGAAAAGAAACUCUCCUGACACAGUCUACCCCAUGGGUCAGCAGCUGGAUGUGAACCUGGGACAGUACACCUCAGAAUGGACAGUUAGCUAUGAAAAUAACCUUUUCUGAGAAACCUGUAAAUAUUCCAGUAAAUAUGUUUUGUAUUUCCACUCUCAACACAUUGACAUCGCUAGAGGCUUCCGUGUUGAUGAGAUGAGUCUACCGAACAAUAAUCCCAAACAAUGUUUAGUGAAAAAACAACACUUUUUUCUAAACAGCAAUACCCCAGCAGAAGGACCAUACUUCUCAGUCCCACGUGCAUCAGUUUAACAUUCUCAUGUAGACCCACUGACCAUUAUCCAACUCAGGAAGCCUUUGCCAGUACAUAGAGUCACAUAGAGUCAGCUGCACACCUGCCCUUACCAUCUCAAGCAAGCACAAUGACUGACCAGCCCUGGCCUAUGGGGGGCGCUGAAGGGCCCCAGUUCUGGUCAGGGCAGGUGUGGGGAGCUUGUAGACUCACCGUUCUGGCGUCAGAACCAGGGAUGUUGAAUCCUCCUCCAGGAGAUCCCCCGUCCAGCAGAUAUUAGUUCCAACCUGAUCUGAAGCCAUCAGGAGCGGGAGGGCGUUACAGAUAGGGGUGUUAGAUUAGGGCUGCAGACUGGCAGAACUCCAUCAAUCGGUCUGAAUGCUCCUGUAUUGACAGGUCUGUAUUGCUGAUCCAGCUGAAUAUCAAACAACAACAAAUGUAACUGGUGAAAGGUCUCACGCUAUCUAAAAUGCUUUUUAUCAUACUCAGCAUAAAUAGGGAGCUGUGUGCGGGGGGCAACUAGAAGUGACUAGAGCCACAGUUACCAGAUGAUGUCAUUCUUACUAAACCUCCCCAGACCCAGAGCAGAAAUAUAGCAUCCUAUGAAGUUUGCAGGCCUGUGUGUCUCUUGUCUUCCAAAUCAAUGCAACUAUUGACAGGUUCUGCUGUUGCCACGGUUACAAUUGUACAUUACCUCUGUUGCCUCUCCAGGCUGCUAAACAUGGGGGUUGUUGUACUUCUUGUUAGGCUGAAUAAUACCCCAGUUGGUCAAAAUUGAUGUCAUUUAUGGCAGUAGCUAGUUACAAUAAGAUGCUGUCUUUGUAGUGAAAUACCACUGACAUUUUGAGAAAAAUAAAACCUGAACUGUAAUGAUUAGGUGUGGCUUAAAGAUGGAACUGGAAUGGGAUUGCCCCACUAAACACCUCAUUGCUCAUCCUUCCCAAGUCCACCCUUCUCAGUCAGUGGCAUUGAAAAGUAUCCUGGGGCCAUAGAUAAGGAGAAUUAGUUAUUGAUGUUGUUUUCACAUCUGUGUGGGGAACUGUAUCACAAAGCUGCGACUUCAGGCGUAUUUGGACCCUGCCGAGGAGGAGCAUUCCUGCGCUAGACUGACUCACAUCCUGAGAGAACUCAGGUGUAAUUCACAUGUCUUCCACCGGGGGCAGCAGGGAGAACAGCAGCCCCUGGGAGAAAGAGCAACAACUAAAUGUAUGGAUGAACGUGCGAAUCACACGUGCGGUGUUGGAAGAGCUCAAGUGAGGAAAAAGAACAUGGCAAGAAGAGGAAGUGAUGAGAGAGAGAGAGUGUGAGGAUGGUCAGGUGUGUGUGUGUGUGUGUGUGUGUGUGUGUGUGUGU